AUGGCUGCACGAGUGGAGAAAAUUUUCUUGGGGCAAGGUCCGCGAGGAAUAAGAGAUGCAUCUGGAGCGCUCUAUCUCCCUACCCUUGUUGAAAACUUGAUGGAUGGAUAUCUUCUGUCCCUUACAGCUCAUAUGGACCAUAACUCGCAAAUUGCUCUGUUGGAUCUUUCAAUGGCAUUGGGCCCAUAA